AGGAAAACAUGGAGGAAGCAACAACACCUGGAGCCGGCAGAAGGAUGGAGUGGUGGCUCCUCCCUGUUCUGGCCCUCGCUGCUUUCCGCCCAACCCAUGCCAAGGAAAGCAACUGCGAGUAAGUGGAGAGAGAGGCCAGACAUGGGGAGGAGGCAGGAGAGGGAAUCCCACCCACGAACUCCUGGAUGUGGUCUUGAAGAGAAGGAAGGCACAACUGACCCCAUGGCUGCUCGCACUCCCCUUCAUUGUGGUGGGUCAAAACUAGCAUGUAAAGACAGAGUCUGUUCUCAGAGGGCACGUUCCUCCCUCUCUCAGAAUACUAGAAUCCAUCUGGGUCACACAAGGAAGCGGAAUGGGGGACCAGCCAGGGGGACAGACAAAAGGAAAUAUUUCUUUUCUUGAAAGAGGAGAGAGGGAGGGAGGGAGAGAGAGGUAGAAAAUAGCUUACUAAUUUGGAUUUGCUGAACAGUCCAUUUUUGCCUUUGGCCCCACCCACCACUGAGAUGUGGCCCUCAGAAGACAAUGUGGCCCCUGGCCUGGAAAAAGUUCCAUCCUCCCUGGGAGUGAUGGGCAUUUGGGAGGCAUCCAGAAGUGCAGCUGGACACCUCCAGUUUCAUCUUUUUCUUCCCAAGAUGGCCGAGAGGAGGGGCAAAGUGGGGGGAGGUGGUAUAUAUGCAAUGGCUCUGAUCUUCUGUAGAUGGCAAUCUGUUUCUUGCUUUCCAGCGGAGUCUGCGGAAGGCGUCCCAUGGCAGGCAGCCAUAACCUCCUCCGGGUUGUGGGCAGCAGCAACGCUUCCCCCGGAACGUGGCCCUGGAUGGUCAGCUUCCAAAUAAAAACUUUUAGGGGAUACUUCAGUUUCUGUGGAGGCUCCCUGAUCAGCCCUCGAUGGGUCCUCAGCGCAGCCCACUGUUUUCAGAAAGCAAAGUAAGCAAAGGGUUCUCAAGGAGGGUUGUCACGGGGUCUGCAAACCUGGCACCCAGGUCGGGGGCAUCUCAUGGGAGCAGAGUCCCACCUUCUGCUUUCAGAGGGGUGGCUGCUGUCAGCAUCGCAGGGCGUCAAAACUCAGAGCCAGCCUCCAGCGGUAUCCAAAAAGGGCCAGAUUUGAUGAAGUGAAGGGCCUAGAGGGCCGACCUUUUUUUAGGAUUGAAGUUUUUUAGGAUUCGGAAGCCCAGGAACAGCCUUCAUCAAUUGCGGUUCUGAUCUUGGUCGACUGUGGGCUGAGAAAGAAAAUCUUUUCUCUGCCGCCAGUCUCAUGCAAGCCUGAGAUUCUCCUCCUCCUCCUCCUCCAGCCGAGCCUUCUUCCUCCAAAGCCAGCUUGCUUUCCUUCCCCACCACCCGCUCUGUGCUUUGGGGGAGGGAGAGAGAGAAGCCCUGUGAUAGUCUCCUCAGAGAGAAAGGGCUUGAAUCCUUGUGCACUCCAUCUGUCUCCUCAGAUCUCUGAAAACUAAUAUAAAAAUAUAGUUAGACUUUUCCCACUUGUUUAGUUACUUCUCCAUCCAGUAUAGUGGUACCUUGGGUUACAGACACUUCAGAUUACAGACGCUUCAGGUUACAGUCUCCACUAACCCAGAAAUAGUACCUUGGGUUAAGAACUUUGCUUCAGGAUGAGAACAGAAAUCAUGCGGCAGUGGGAGACUCCAUUAGGUAAAGUGGUACCUCAGGUUAAGACUAGUUUCAGGUUAAGAACGGACCUCCAGAAUGAAUUAAGUUCUUAACCCAAGGUACCACUGUAACUAUUUGGGUCUGUCAUGAUAAUAUCAAAACAUAACUACUAUAUUUGUGAAAUAGAGAUCCAUUUGUUUGUUUCUUUGUUUGUUUGCUUGCUUGUUUCAUAAACUUAAAUGACUUCGGAGGGUGGUUGAUCACUGCCAGUUUUUGAUACUGGAUAGCAGAUCAAAACCUACUUAAAGUUGGACAUGCCUGGUCCAGCGGUGCUCCUGAAAACUUGAAAAAAAGACACUGGGACUAAGCCGGCCCCCUUCUGUUUCAUUCAUGUUUCCGGGACUCAUCCUAUAGGUUCUUUCGACUAUGUAGUGUUAAUGAAGUUUUCAGUUCGCACGCAGGCCCACAGAUCUGCAAACCGGACAAGCCUUUCUGGAGUUCUUUUGUGAAAUUUUGCUCCAGAAUUUGCCGCUCCAGAGUUUAACGAAAACAGCAGAGGUAGAUGAAAAGUCAAAUUUAUUACACUAAAAAAAAGGAGAGCAAUGAGUAAUGAAUAGAAAUGUGUUUAAGAAUGCAUGCAUUGGGGUAAAGCGCCCUUUAAAAUGCAAUAUUUAUGCAAUAUUUCAUGAAAACAAUGUACACAAACAAUUGGUUUGGGGGCAAAUUGCUCUGCAAAAAUGUGUAUAUUAAGAGCAAUUUACACUAAAAUGAUGGUGAAUUUUUACGAGGACUUUAAAAAAAAGUAACGCGGAGAAGAUUAGAAACAUGAUAGGAACCAAAACCAACACCCCAAAUGUAAUUUCCAAAGAUUUCCCUCCACCCCUUUAGCAAAGUCAUGCAAAGUCCCUCCACCCCUUCAGCAAAGCAACUCUUCAUCGCUCCACUAAUAACGUCGCCCCAGUUUGAUGAGGGACCACCAAUGAGCAAGUUGUUUCCAUCUGGUUUUCCAAAUCCACCUGGAACACAGUCCCCACUCUGUGUGUAUUCUUUGUUGCAGAGAAAUACCAAAUAUCAGCCUGUCGAUUGGCGCCAACCGCAUCUCCAACCCUGGCCCCGAUGCCCAGAGGCGCUGGAUCAAGAGGCUGGUGAACCACGAACUCUUCGAGCACUUCUUGAACGAUACCUACAGGAAAGUGCACAACGACAUUUCCUUGGUGGAGCUGAACGAGCCAGUCAACUGCACGGACUAUAUUCAACCAGCCUGCUUGCCGGAUGACAGCGUGGUGGUUUCCUUGCUCAAGCACUGCUAUGUCAGCGGUUUUGGAAUUAUAGACCCGAAAAGUGAGAUCUGCAGGGAAACCAGGCCCCCAGAAGGAGCAGCCUGGCUGUGUGCCUAAAGUAAAUUUGCAGACUACACCUUCCCUGCCGAUCAAUUUCACCAAAGAAACAUAAUAGCAAUGGUAGUCAUGGUGGAAAUUUCAAUUCCUGCAUUAGAAUCAUAGAAUCAUAGAGUUGGAAGAGACCACAAGGGCCAUCGAGUCCAACCCCCUGCCAAGCAGGAAACACCAUCAGAGCGGGGUUGUAGGGGGUUGUGCUGGAUGCCCCUUGGGGGUCCCUUCCCACUCUAGGAUUCUAAGUUGGUAGUUACACUUGGGUUGUGUACAUCAGAAGCCCUGAGUCUUAGGGGUGAGGCAGGUGUGUGUGUGUUUCACAGGGCAGAAAGGGAUAGAGAUGGUUGGUUUUGAGAGCCAUUCCACUUCACAGCUUCAGGGCAGAUCACCUUCUCUAGACAUAGAUGCUUGCCCCCAGAACUCAGCUCAGUAAUGAUGGCUUUGCACGCAGAAGAUUGAGUUUCAAUUUCUGGGUAGGGCUGGUGGAAACUCCUGUCUACCUCUGCUGUCGCUCAGUGUAUGCAGUACUAGGACAGAUUGAGAGAUAGGGAGGGAGGGAUGUGGUUUCAGGAGGAAACGGAGAGUUUGGGGGUCUCUAAGGGCCCCCAGGCGACACAGGUGGCGCUGUGGGUUAAACCACAGAGCCUAGGGCUUGCCGAUCAGAAGGUCGGCGGUUCGAAUCCCUGCAAUGGGGUGAGCUCCUGUUGCUCGGCCCCUUCUCCUGCCAAGCUAGCAGUUCGAAAGCACGUCAAAGUGCAAGUAGAUAAAUAGGUACCUUUACCUUUAAGGGCCCCCAGAAACCAGGUAUUCACCCUACUCUGCAGCCUGGCGUACCCUUGUCUCUGAUCUCACCCCCAGUCCAUCAACUAAGUUUUAGGGGAGUGAUUCUGCUGCACCUGCCUUCAUGCCUCUCUCCUUUAGUCCUGGGGGUGCAGGUGGGGUGGGGAGUGAAAUCUGAACUGAGCCUCCCCCUCCCCCCACUUUCCCUUUCUUCUAUCAGCGAGAAAAUUUCCCGACAUCCUGCAGGAGGGUACUGUUGACCUCAUCCCCAUGGUGACAUGCAGCAGCCCGGACUGGUGGUCCAAUAGGAUCCUCGAGGAGAAUAUCUGCGCUGGAACCUUGGAAGGAGGCGUAGCUUCUUGCAAGGUGGUGAAGCUACAACAAAACCAGGGCUAUGGGUUUGGCUUGGGGGCAAAACUCUCUGGUGCUCCUGGAGCAGCAGAGCCCUUGCUCUGAACAUGCAAAACUUCUCUGUGAUUCUUCCUCCAGCAUCUCAGGCAGCAGCCAUGAGAGAAGGAGAAGGCCCCUCAGAGACCAAAUCCUCACAGGAGCCUUUCUUUCCCACUUGCAGGGCGACAGAGGCGGCCCCCUCAUGUGCCGGGAGCAGAGGUCCGAACGCUACUGGGUGGUUGGAAUCGCCAGCUGGGGACCGUCUGUCUGCGGCCAGGGAAAAAGGCCGGGGGUCUACACCUCCACCCAGUUCUACCGCAACUGGAUCAGGAAGACGACCAAUGAGGACCUUUCACUACCCAACCACCCACCGCCAAUGGCACAGCCCCAGCUUAUGCGACUGCCACGCCCCCCUCCAAGGCCACAGCUCCAAAUGCGACAAAAUGGGAAUGUGCCAUAUCCCAGGCCUUGGCCACCCCCCAACACCACCCCCCAGACCCCUCCUGUGGUCUGGCCCACCACCAGACCUUGGCCACCCCCCAAGGCCACUCCCCAGACACCUCCUGUGGUCUGGCCCACCACCAGACCUUGGCCACCCCCCAACGCCACCCCCCAGGCCCCUCCUGUGUUCUGGCCCACCAGCAGGCCAUGGCCACCCCCCAACACCACCCCCCAGACCCCUCCUGUAGUCUGGCCCACCACCAGACCAUGGCCACCCCCCAACACCACCCCCCAGACCCCUCCUGUGGUCUGGCCCACCACCAGACCAUGGCCACCCCCCAACACCACCCCCCAGACCCCUCCUGUGGUCUGGCCCACCACCAGACCAUGGCCACCCCCCAACACUACCCCCCAGACUCCUCCUGUGGUCUGGCCCACCACCAGACCAUGGCCACCCCCCAACACCACCCCCCAGACCCCUCCUGUGGUCUGGCCCACCACCAGACCAUGGCCACCCCCCAACACCACCCCCCAGACUCCUCCAGCAUCCUGGUACACGACCAGACCUUUGCCACCCCCCGAGACCACCCCUCAGACGCCUCCUGUGGUCUACCCCACAACCAGACCUUGGCCACCCCCCAGCACCACCCCCCAGACCCUUCCCAUAUCCUGGUCCACCCCCAGAACCAACUCCCAUCCCACACAGUGGCCCAAAGGAGGGGGUCCCAGUCCCGUUAUAUCAGACAUGGCUCCUGGAACAAGGCCCACGGGACUGGGCAACUCGACUCCCUCCCGGGGCCCAAUCUGGGGCCUAACGUCCAUGCGGCUGGGAAGAUUGCAUCUGAGGACAAGGGCCCCAGCUUGGCAUGGGCAGAUUUACAGGCCGUGGGUCUCGAUUCGCAGGCCGUGGAUCACGAUUCGCACAGCCCCACCACAGAUUGA